AUGGCUCUGCAGACGCACUUAUUUCGCGCGUUCAGCGACGCCUUCGUCAUCCCAAACCCAACAGACCGCACGCCAGUCAUCACCUUUAAAGCAUUCCCGACAUCAUCAACUUCAACAAUCACCAACCACAAUGCGCGUACAACAAAGACGUCAACGACCCGACAACGACCCGACAACGACCGACGAUCUCCGAACGAUAAAAGACGCCACAAGUAA